AUGUUAGGCUGUGCGCUUCUAAUCCCAUUCCACUGUUUAACCGGGGUGUUUCUGGCAGGUGGAAAAGCAGAGGGCAGAUCUCACCAGAGAGUUGGACGAUCUCACAGACCGACUGGAGGAAGCAGGAGGGGUGACGGCUUCUCAGGUACUGAACUGAAGAGGCCCGGAGAGGCUGCUGUAGACCAGCAUCGAGCAGGGAUGGAGGUCAACAAGAAGAGGGAGGCUGAGCUCCAGCGGCUGAGACGGGAGCUGGAGGAGUGCUCGGUCCAGUCUGAGGCUCUGGCCGCGUCUCUGAGGAAGCGGCACGGCGAGGUGGUGGCCGACCUGAGCGAGCAGUGCGAGGCCCUGCAGCGGACCCGAGCCAAGCUGGAGAAAGAGAAACACAACCUGAGGAUGGAGGUGGACGACCUGGCCGCCUCGCUGGACAGUCUGCAGAAGGCUAAGGUGGCAUCAGACAACCAGAUGAAGAAGCUGGAGGAGCAGCUGACCGAGGCCAACAGGAGAGGAGACGAGCUGCAGAGGACGCUGACCGAGCUCAGCGUGGCCAAGAGCAGACUCUCAGCUGACAACGCAGACGUGAGUCGGCAGGCGGAGGAGGCGGAGAGCAGAGCGAGCCAGCUUUCCCGCUCCAAGACUCUGCUCCAGUCCCAGGCGGAGGAGCUGAAGAAACAGCUGGACGAGGAGGUCAAGGCUAAACAGGCCCUGGGCAGCGGCCUGAGCUCGGCGCGGCAGGAGUGCGAGGCUCUCCGGGAGCAGCUGGAGGAGGAGCAGGAGAGCAAGCAGGAGAUGCAGCGCCUCAAAACCAAGCAGAGGCUGCAGGGGGAGGUGGAGGAGCUGUGCAUGGACCUGGAGAAGGCCAGCAGCUGCGGCCAGGCGCUGGACAAGAAGCAGCGGCUUCUGGAGAAGCAGCUCUCCGACUGGAGGCAGAAGUGCGAGGAGCUGGUGGCGGAGGUGGAGGGCUGCCAGAAGGAGAGCAGGGCGCACGCCGGCGAGCUCUUCAAGCUCAAGACGGCUCACGAGGAGUCCCUGGAGCAGCUGGAGGCUCUGCGCCGGGAGAACAAGGCCUACCAGGAGGAGGUGGCCGACCUAACAGACCAGCUGUCCGACGGAGGCAAGAGCGUCCACGAACUCCAGAAAGCAAAGAAGAAGGUUGAGAUGGAGAAAGAAGAGCUGCAGGCCUCACUGGAGGAAUCAGAGGCAGCGUUAGAGGCAGAGGAGACCAAGGUGCUGAGGCUGCAGCUGGAGCUGUCCCAGGCCAAAGGGGACCUGGAGCGCAGGCUUCAGGAGAAGGAGGAGGAGACCGAAGCUGCGAGGAAGAGCCACCAGCGGGCGCUGGAGUCGGUGCAGGCCAGCCUGGACGUGGAGCUGAAGGGCAAGGCGGAGGGCCUGAAGCUGAAGAAGAAGCUGGAGGCCGACGUCAGCGAGCUGGAGCUGCAGCUGGACCUGCUGACCAAGAGCAACGCCGAGCUCGGCAAGAGCAGCAAGAGGCUGCAGCAGCAGGUCAAGGAGCUGCAGGCGCAGCUGGAGGAGGAGGUGAGGAGCCACGAGGAGCAGCGGGAGGAGCAGGCGGCGCUGGAGCGGCGCUGCGCCCUGCUGGUCAGCGAGGGUCAGGAGGCCCGCGCCGGCCUGGAGGCGGCCGAGAGGCUCCGCAAGGCCCUGGAGCUGGAGCUGCAGGAGGCCGGCGAGAAGCACGCCGACCUCAACAGCCAGGUGACCGCCAACCCUCCAAUCCUCCCUCAAAGCGGGGGCCCGCAGACUCUAACCCCUGCCCCCCCCCCCUCGCUCGCUCAGUUCCAGCUGGCCCUGGGCGGGAGGAGGAAGCUGGAGGUGGACCUGCAGGCGCUGCAGCAGGAGCACGAGGAGCUGCAGGAGCUGCGGCUGGAGCAGGAGCACACGCUGCACCUGGAGAGAGUCAAGAAGGGUCUGGAGGGCCAGAUCAAAGAGAUGGGCAGCCGGCUGGAGGAGGCCGAGCAGAUGGCCCUGAAAGGAGGGAAGAAGGUCAUCCAGAAGCUGGAGGGAAGGGUGAAGGAGCUGGAGCUGGGACUGGACGCCGAGCAGAGGCGGCACGCCGAGACGGUCAAGACGCUGCGCAAGAACGAGCGGCGCCUCAAAGAGCUGCUGUUCCAGUCCGAGGAGGACCAGAAGAACCAGCAGCGCAUGCAGGAGCUGGUGGAGAGGCUCCAGAACAAGAUGAAGGCCUACAAGAGACAAGUGGAGGAGGCUGUGCGUCCCCCUACCCCCCCUCGCCGGAGCCCCUGUGAGCGGCGUCAGGAGGAGCAGGCCAACAUGAACCUGGCCAAGUACCGGAAGACCGUCCACGAGCUGGACGACGCCGAGGAGCGGGCCGGCAUCGCCGAGUCAGCGCUCACCAAGAUCCGGACCAAAGGCAGAGGCAGCUUCGGCAAGGGAUACUCAUCCGGCUACAGCACUCCGUACCCGGGCCUGGCCCGGUCGCCCAGCUCGGUGGGCUCAGAGGGCCGAGGAGAAAAGAUCCUCAACGACGACAACGAGUCGGUCAGCUCGCUCAUCCCGGCCUACCUCAACUCCCUCAAGAAGCUCAUGGUCGACUGAUACCCCCCCCACCCACAACACACACACACACAUUUAAUGGUCACCUGUUUGUGCACACUGUCUGUUCCUCUUAUUCUAUUAUCUC